CAGGACAACCGCGACCAAGGGAUUGCAGAAGCUCGACAAAAACAAUCGCGAAUCAGUGUAUCGACAUCUCGACCAUCCUCAUCGUUCUCGCACUGCUCCGCGGAUAGAUAGAUUCUGCCGUCGUCGCCAUCGCUCUCAGAUCCCCGGAAGAAGGACGGACUUGCGCAGGAGCAGAACAAACAAAUCAGCCGGGCUUGUGGACCAAUACAGACCAACCGGCCGACGCACCCCGAGCGAGCGACCGUGGACACGAGCAAGAGCGAGAGGAGGACCAGGAACCACACGACAGACUUGCUUUUGGUGGUGUGCGACCGAACUACAGCGACGUAAAGCAAACACAAACAAAUAUGAAGGCAUGUCACCCCAAAUCUCCAAUCUCCUAUCGAUAGAAGCCCACUCGCCGCGAGGAAUGUGCUGCACUGCGAUCGCAACCCGUCCUCACAACACAAGCUAACAAUGCUGUUCCUCCAGGCCCUCAGGAGGAGUUUGAAGAAUGACAAGGACAAGGUCAACCACAUAUCCAUCACGCCCAAGUCUGCGAUUGCGAUAGUGCCGCCCAAAAAGGUUUGUGCUUCGAGUCUGCGACACAGAGAGGGGUAAUAUACUGACUGCGAGAUUCUGCGACCCAGGUAAUCCGCGCAUUAUACGACUAUGAGGCUCAGACCAGCCAGGAGCUCUCAUUCACAAAAGGAGACUUCUUUCACGUUAUUGGCCGCGAGAAUGAUAACGACUGGUACGAAGCAUGCAACCCGGCGCUUCCUGAUGCGCGAGGACUGGUCCCCGUUGCCUUCUUCCAAGCUCUAGGGAAGACGGAGAGGGAUAGCGGACAAUCGGAGAAAUCUCCACAAGCUGUGCGAGCCCCCGAUCACGAUUCUGGAUAUUCGGAUACAUCUGGUUCGGGAACUCUGGUGGGAACGGAUACUGCGCGAUCGUCGAAGACCAUGGGGAAAGGCUCGGGUGCGAUGGUGUAUGGCAUUGUGAUGUAUGACUUCGUGGCGGAGCGACCAGAUGAACUAGAUGCGAAGGCUGGAGAAGCAAUUAUUGUCAUCGCUCAAUCGAAUCCGGAAUGGUUUGUUGCGAAGCCGAUUGGGAGACUGGGAGGCCCAGGAUUGAUUCCGGUGUCAUUCAUUGAGAUAAGGGACAUGAGUUCUGGUCAAGCUGUCCCCGAUGCUACGGAAGCGGUACAAAGGGCGGGUGUUCCGAAGGUCGAGGAAUGGAAGAAGAUGGCUGCGGAUUACAAGAAUUCGAGUAUCACUCUAGGGAAGUUUGAAGUUCCAAAUUCGCAGCAGGCACAGCAGCAAAGUUUGGAACAGAGUAUGGACAGAAUGAGUCUGCAGCAAGGCCAACAAAAUGGCUAUCAACAGCAACAGAUGAGACAGUCGCAACAAGCCAGAGCUUUCCAGCAACAACAGAAUCCCCUACAGGACGCAUAUGCCUCCAAAUCCACAUCCCAACUGUACGCUCCAAUAUCUGCAAAGAUCCCAAGAUACUGCUUCGCGGAGGACAAAUACUGGUUUGUCAUCGAGGCAGCGCUGGAAGAUGGACGACACUGGGAACUGUCGAGAUACUACGAAGACUUUUACGAUUUCCAGAUUGCCCUCUUGACAGAAUUCCCUGCAGAGGCGGGGAACACUGGACAGCAGAAGAGAACUUUGCCAUAUAUGCCUGGACCUGUCAAUUACGUUACGGAUGCGAUUACGGAAGGAAGACAACACAAUCUGGAUGCAUAUGUCAAGAACCUGCUCACACAGCCACCGUACAUCUCAAGGUGUACUCUGGUAAAGAAGUUCUUUGCACCGAGGGAGGGAGACUUUGAAAUGGAUCCUAAUGCUGUGAAUGAGGAGUAUCGUUUGUCUGGAGCCUCUCAACAAUCUUCAACCGACUCACCAACAAAUGGCGCCUCGAGACAAUCUUCAAGGGGCAAUUUGAAUGGGGGUGGAUACGGAGGUCUGUCAGCCGCUCCAGCUCACCAACGAGGACAAGCAUCAAUCUCCCAGAAUGGUGGCCUUCAGCCUCGUCAGAUGUCAACCAUGUCCCAACCUUCGAAUCAAUCCCUCUCCCCCGGUCUCAACGGUGGCCAGCCCUCAGCAAUGAAAGUGAAGAUCUACUUCGGAGAUGACCUGAUCGCGAUCCGAGUGCCGUCAGACAUUCAAUAUCAACAGCUAUACGAGAAGAUCCGUGAGAGACUAAAGAUUCCAGAAGGAGAAGAAAUUGCUCUGUUUUAUAAGGACGAGGCAAGUGGGGAAAGACCUGGCCUAUUGAGCAACAACGAUCUGGACUUCGCCGUUAAUCGAAACGACAAACUCAUCAUCUACGUCGAGUACAAUUGAACUGGAGCAAUCUGAACCUGCACAAUAUUUCUACUCGAAGGGUUUGAGCCGCUCGCAUCGUCAACCACAUCACGCCGAACGAAAAAUUACACUUAUCCUCUAAUCUACUUCCGAUGUACAGACACAGUUCUCCCGAGGUGGUAAUAGCUGCCCAGCCAGGGACAGCAGCGUACUCUACACUCACUUGACGAAGACCCCAAACAUCAUCAGAAUUAUUCUUUACGAGCAGACACUUUUUGUUUUGCUUCUUCUUCUCUCAACUUGCUUCUUCUCUUUCUUCUUGCACCAAAUUGGUACGACACUUUUUUUUUAGGGAGGAAGCGAAUACGACAUGGGAUUACUAUUGCUUGCUGGAUUGGGAUAUCAUUAAGCUGGGAUAGGCUGGAUGGCUGGAUGGGAUUGGCGUUCCGAGGUGCUCCUUCUGUUGUUUGAGAUCGGUUGAUUGAUAACUGGUCUGGUCCGGGCUUCUUUUCGUGUCUUGUCUGCGCGUGUGUGUGCCUUCUUUCUCCGCGGUGUGUUUCAGAGGGCUGUGAGCGUACUGAGUCUGGAUCCAUCACGUUAUACUUUGUGGAGAGUGGAAAGCGGAGAGGCGGUGUGGAGGAUGGGGAAGGAGAAGCAUGCCACGGGCGUGGUCCUCUGCUUCCUCGUCUCGUUUGGAUGGACUGGCUAACGGAGCCGAGAGGGAAACGUCAUUACCGCUCCUGUGGGAGGUAGGGUUGAAGGACGAUGAUUCGUGGAUAGCCGGCCUGGGGCACGUCAAGGUGGUGAUGGAUGGGUGAGCGGAAGUGGAUGGUUAGGGACAAAGGUAUCGGGGCGAUUUGGAUGGUGUGGACGCAGCUGACGGACGGAAGGAAGGCAAAGGCAUAAACACAAGAGAUGCAUAGCAGGCAGGCAGGCAGGCAAGCAAGCAAGCAAGCAAAUCAAGCAUAGUAUGGAUAAGGUAGCGAUGAAUAAGACCAUCUACAAAC